AUGGGCAAUAACCAAGUAAUUCGAUCUGAGAAUGUUUAUGAUAUCUAUAAAACUUAUCAAGUAACAUCUCUUUUUCAAUUUAGAAUCAUUGGUUUGUUGGAGUGGAAAGAGAAGUGUAAAAAUUAGGAUAUAAUAUAAGUGUUAGAUCAGAUCGUUUUCAUAAAAGAAACUUUCUUUCUUUAUAUGAAAUAGUAAAACCACAACAUGAAUAAAUUAUAACAAUGAAUUCUGAAGAAUCUCUAUUUGCCACUGAGUUAGAAAAUAUCAAACGAUCUAAAAAAACUAUUGAUCCAUUUAAAGAAUUUUAAGUUACAACUUUAGUCUAGGAUUGUGAUCCUGGUUAUCAAGAUUAUGAAAAAUAAGUCAUAAAUCAAUUAUCUACUCUUUCUGGUAGCUUGUUAGAAAUCUUUUAAACUUUCAGACGUACAUAACUGCCCAAUAAUAGUCAUGAAUUAGAUACAUUAUUAAUUAAAUUUAGAGAUUCAUUUGUUUAAGUAUUAAAUAUUUUUAAUUUUAGAUUUUAAUACAUUAUUAUGAUCUUAAACACUAUGCUACAAUAAAUUAGUGCUAAUUUUUGAAUGUACAAUCUCUUCAAUGUCUAGUUACCAAUAUGAUAUUUAAUGAUGAUAUAUCUUGCUAUGUUUACUAAAUCAAAAAAUAAGAAUAGAUACAAGAAAAUGAAAAAAUACAUUUUAAAUUAACUUAAUCUUAAAAUAGAACUCUUGCAGAUUUUGGAAUCUCUAUUAAAUAUUGUUUAGAUUGUACUACAAGAGAUUAUAUAUAAACCAAAAUAUCUACUAAGAUAAAUACAAAAAUUUCGAAAAAUGACCUAAAAGAACAAGAAAAUUAUGAAACUUUGAUCAUAGAGGAUGUUGAUUAAACAUAAUUACCUUCGAGACCAUAAGCCAAAUUACUUUAAGGUACUUUUUUUUAUUAAUCGCCUUUUGAAAAAGCAAUUUAAGCUUUACAACUUAUUUAAUUUAGAAAAACUCCUCAUCAUAAAAUCAAAUAGUUAAUAUUAUGUUUUUAAUGUAUAUAUUCUAUCAUUAUCAAUUACUAUCAGUAAUUUGCAUAAUAACCAUCAAAUAUAAGUACUGAUGAAAUGAUUACAAUAUUUAAUUAUGUUUUAUGCUAAUCUAAGAUAUAAAACCCAUAUACUCAUUUCGAUAUUAUGUAGAAGUAUUUAGGAAAUUUAGAUCGUGUGGAAGGUAUCUACCUUACUAUAAUGGAAGCAACCUUUUGUAUUGAUUGA